AUGGCAGGUAACUCUCAGAACACGACUUACGUGGUUCUUGGGGCCAACAAGGGCAUUGGACUUGGACUUGUGCAAGCACUUCUCGCCCGACCCCAAACUACCGUCGUCGGCGUCGUUAGAGAUCCUGUACGAGCCUCGCAUCUGGAGGAGCAAUGCUCAAGCGUGCCGAAGGGCGAAGGUAGUAUCUUGCACGCUCUGGCGGUCGAUGUCAGCAGGAGCCCUGGACGAGAUGACCUCAAAGACUUUAUCAAGACCAAACUGCCAUCGUCAAUUGGCCACGUCGAUGCGUUCAUCAGCUCCAUCGGACAUACUGGUGUGAUGAAACCCGCCCUCGAAACCACGGCUGAAGAGAUGAGGGACCAUUACGAGGUGAACACCAUCGCACCAUUGAUGUUGUUCCAGGCGUUCUGGCCGCUGAUGGAAGCCUCAACUGAGUCCGGAGCAUCGUCGACUCCGAAGAAGGUAUUCUUUCUCUCUUCGUCGGUAGGCUGCAUUGGGGACUGGAUGGAGCCAAUUCCAGGCGGCGCAUACGGACCAUCCAAAGCGGCCCUGAAUUGGAUUGUUCGCAAACUCCAUUUCGAGCUCCAAGACAAAGGUAUCGUCAGUGUUGCUGUGCAUCCUGGGUGGGUUCAGACCGAAAUGGGUGACAUGGCUGCCAAAUCAUGGAACUACCCUGGCAAGCCACCGUUGACCGUCGCGCAGAGUGUCGAAGGUGUUCUGGGAGUCAUUGACGGCGCGAGUCGAGAAAAUUCAUCCGGCAAAUUCCUGUCCUAUGACGGCAAAGAGGUACCGUGGUAA